CAACAGCUGUUCCGAACGCUGGCAUUGUUACAUUUUGUUACAGAUUUGACAAAGGUCUCUCCUUUUCUCCCUCCUGUCUCCCUGGGUCUCUCCUCCUGGCCAACGCCAUUGGCUGGAGCUGCGAAGGAGCGUGUCUGAGUCAGUUUCAUUGAGCGGAAUUAGCCGGGAUGACAUCAGUUUCCCAGCCCCCUGGCAGCACUUUGCUUAUUGGUGCAGCGGCCCCUCCAGGACAAUAACAUUGUUCUCACCCGGCGCUGCUUGCCGAUGUGCCUAUAAAAACACCAUCGAGACGCCCAAAGGUGCGUAUUAUUAUUGUGAUCCGUGACAACCACCAGCGGCGCCGGAGCGGGCCCGUUCUGCCAAAGGGAUCGCUCUGCAAACAGAAGCCUGGUGCGCGGCGCUCUGCCCUCCCCGGGGCCAUGGACUCCGACGCCAGCCUGGUAUCCAGCAGGCCUUCCUCCCCGGAGCCCGACGAGCUCUUCCUGUCCGCCAGGAGUAAAGGCAGCAGCGGGGGCUUCUCGGGGGGCACCGUGUCCAGCUCCACCCAGAGCGACUCCCCGCCCGAGCUGAGCGCCGAGCUGCGCAGCGCCAUGAGCGCGGCCGGAGUGGUGGUGGUCGACAAGCUGGGCUUCAAGUCUUCUUCCUCCUCUUCUUCCUCCUCCUCUUCUUCCUCCUCCAAGAAGGACAAGAAGCAGAUGACGGAGCCCGAGCUGCAGCAGCUGCGGCUGAAGAUCAACAGCCGGGAGCGCAAGCGGAUGCACGACCUGAACAUCGCCAUGGACGGGCUGCGGGAGGUGAUGCCCUAUGCUCACGGGCCCUCGGUGCGCAAGCUCUCCAAGAUCGCCACGCUGCUGCUGGCGCGCAACUACAUCCUCAUGCUCACCAACUCGCUGGAGGAGAUGAAGCCCCCUCGGGCCCCCGCCGCCCCGGCCCCGCUGGGCAGCAGCUUCCAGCACUGGGGAGGGAUGCCCUGCCCGUGCAGCAUGUGCCAGGUGCCCGCGCCGCCUCACCACCACGUCUCCAGCAUGAGCACAGCCAGCCUGCCCAGAUUAGCCACCGACACCAAGUGAGCAGGCGGAGGGGAGCUGCCGAAGCACGGUGGGGAUGGGGAGAGAGACUCCUGGCCCGGAGGAGACGCGGGCACAUUCGGGGGACACAGACUCUCUGGGGGCCUCCCGCACAGGCACAGAUAAGGACUUACAAGGACAUACCGGGCUCAUCCACCAUUUUUAAAUGCACCCUCCCCCACUCACAGGCUGGUCCCGGGGCACUUUCAGGCAAGUUCCACCGUAGCGAGCGGGACCGAAGGCGCUCAAUCACUGAAGCCCCGGCAGAAAGCGAGGGGAACAAAAUCCAGUUCCUUCUUCCUCUACGCAGAACUGCUCCUCUCUCCUCCAGCAGGGAAAGGAGGGGGCCAGCCUGCCGUGCAGCACUUGGUGUUCUGUCCAGUUUCAAUAGCAAGUGUGUAAACGCACAGAGCAUUUUUACACGACAUACAUGUGCGUCUUUUGUAACUUGGAUAGGAGUUGAAAAUAGUUAGAGAUUCUUCUCAACGGAAAUCACCAACAUUGCAGAGGGUGUUUUGCUUGUUUGUCUUUAUUAUUUUUACAUAUUCAACGUUUUCUGGUUCAGAUACUAAGAACUGUAAGGCAGUUAUUCGGAGCACCCGGCUGGUCACUUCCUACCAACCUAAUCUCCAAGAAUGAAGGCUUUAGAUGUAAAUGUAGCCUGCAAAGUUUCCGGGGGGUUGGAUUUGUAAAUACACUGUCCGAUGAUGAUGCAAGUCCCUUAUGCUUGAGCUUUCUGUUUGUGCACUUGUACUGGAAACCUUUGAAUGGUAAAGGGCUUUUUUGUUUUGGUUUAGUGUAUAACACGUUUUUCUUUUCUGCCACCAUUAACAAAGUUACAAAACUCUUUAAUGCGCUGUCUAUGUAGGAACUCCAAGCUGCCUGUGUUGCAAUACUGAGAACUUGGGCUUGUUUCUGAAAUAACAAUUUUUCUUAUUACUGCCCCUUGCAGAGAUUUUAUCAUCUGUUUAUUUUUGUAAAAAAAAGUUGCUAAAUAAUAUUUAUUACUUGUUUGGUUGCAAAAACAAAAUGAGUGAUCUACUGUUGAGAUUUUAAAUAAAAAACAUUUUAAGUACAUUGCUUUUUUCCACCCAUUUAUGUUCUGAGAAUUCUAGAGGCCCGGGGUGAAGAAGAACAGGACUUACUUACUUUUAGAAAAAAAUAAUACGGCAUCAUGCUUAAAUAGACCAGAAACAGAUCGAAAAGGAUUUAGAACAUUUUAAUGUAAUACUUCCAGCUUUUUUUCCGAACACUCAUACCAAGUUGCGAUACAAACUGUUUCCCCUUUAGUCCUCUAAGUAGCAAGAAUAAUAAUUAUCAAUUAUAUCAGUGUUUGUCGUCCACACUUUUAGGAGUUUCUUAAACAAAACUCAGCAUUUAGUAAAGACAGGAGAAGAAAAUAUUGAAAGGUUGGUGUUUCGUGGUCGUUGUUUAAAUAAUUCAAAAUAAGAGACGUUAGACAAAAAAAAAGUUGAUUUGGGAGAUUU